GGGCACCGGUUUACCUAUCUUGCUACGCGCCUGAAAUUUUUUAAAUACGGAUGGCUGAACAACCAGUAUCGUUUAUUUUAUCUUGCUUUAACACAGUAACUGUGUCAGAGAAAAUGGCGACAGAUGGGCGAUUAACUCGUUCAAAACAAUAUUUAUCAGACAUAAAUAUUGCUUGUGUUCCGUGUAGGAGUAGGAUAAAGAGGGGAAAGACGAAUAGAGGUGUUAAAUAUUGUAUGGACUGCCAAGAGUUUUUGUGUACUGUAUGCGUGAAUAAACACAACAGUGUUUCUGUUUUCGCUGGACAUUCUUUACUUGAUAGGUCAAAAUUUAGAACAUUAGGCGGAUCAAAAGACGAACACACUGCGUCUUUGCGAACAAAGAGACACAAUUUACAUUCAACGAAGGUAUUGGACGGAGAUCAAAAGAGACGUUCAGACAAGCGCCAAAGGGAUAAGCCAGUAGAACCAAGAACCAAGUUAUAUACAUUUGAACAUGUAGGCACAUACAACAUAUUUCUACCUAAAAAGAAAGAAAUCAGUCAGGUAUGGUCAUUAUGCAUACUUGAUUCUUGUGACAUACUUAUUGCUGACCGUUAUAACAAUAAUUUGAAACUUCUAGAUGGCAAAACAUACCGAAUUAAAGAAAAAGUUGAGCUUUCUGAUACACCUAAUUCUGUUUGUAAAGGUCGGACACAUGAGGCAAUAGUCGCUUUAGAAAAUGAAGGCAUACAAUUCGUAUCUACGAAGAAGAAUCUUGUUCUUACCAAUAUAUUAAGGAUGGAUCAUAUUUGCUUGGGUGUUUGUAUGAUUUCUUCGAAUAUAUAUGUCACUGACGGUAAAAACAGAAAUAUUUUUAAGUAUGACUUGGAAGGAAAGCUACUAAAGACAAUUUCUGGAGAAACAAUAUUUGGGUGGAACCAAUUUUUAGUAGCCAGUGACGAUGGAAAAGCUCUGUUUGUAACUGAUAGGGACGAAGGAUUGGUAAAAAUGGAUCUUGAAGGCAAUGUCAUCUGGAAACUACCAGAAAAUGCUUUUGGAGAAGCAUUCAACUUAUGCACAGACGGAUUUGAAAAUAUUUUCGUUGCUUGUAAUGAUUCUUGUAAUGUAGUUCAAGUAACAUAUGAUGGAGAGUGUCUAGGAAGGGUGGUGAAAGACAAGUUUAGGACUGAUGCCACGGGGAUUUGUUUCGACAGAAAUACAUCGAAACUUGUUGUUGGAGAAAUGGAUGGGAGCAGGAUACAUGUUUAUUCGGUGAGGUAGGAAAAUGACAAUCGUAGAAGAACUUCACAGCUCGUGUUUGGUUAAAUAAUAUAAAAUUAACAAAAUUUGGUAAGAAAUACAAACGUGCAUUAGCACAGUUCAGAAGUGGUAUUGCACCUAUUGUACUAGAGUAAUAAUGUUAUUAUUGUCACCCUCUCGAGGAACGUCUCUGUUUCCAUUGGCAGAUAAAAAGCACUUCUUCACUGUCCUAUUAAUAAUUGAUUAUGAUUUGAUUCUACAAUCAUAGCUGAACAAGUAAAUGAAAAUCUUUCUGACACCGAGACAGAUUCUGUCGAUUUAAAUUAACAGUUUUCUAGAUAGAAUAAAAAAGAAGAUUAAAUUUAUAUGAAACAUCUAAACAAUAUUUGAUGAUAAGAUUUAUUUCCUACAUUUUUUGUGUACAUGUAUAUGUUUUUGCUUGUACGGAUACGCUUAAUGUCAACUUGAAACAACCAGAAAACAUAUAUAAUUUGGCAUUUUAAACAUUGCAGUAUAAAAGUGGUAUGCGAAAGGUACUUAUCAAACAUUUUUAAAUGUGUUUUCGAAAAUUCAAGCGUCAAUUAAACCAACGUUCUUUUUAGGCAAAACUAAAAUUUGCUUAUUCCCUGCACAAAUAUGUACAGACAGUCACAUGAAUAUUGCUAUGUUUGUGUUGAAGAUUGAAUACCGUGAAACCGGUCCUUGGGGAUGAGAGAGAUGUUGCAAUUUCCAUUGUCAUCAUCAACAGACUCAAUUAAACCAAGUCUUAACUUUCAUAUACUUCCGUUGUUUUAUUUGCUUUCGAGGGAUCAUUCAUUUUCCAAAGUUUAAUAUGAGAUGUAUUAUUUUGUUGUAAGUAAUUAGAAUUUCAUAAUUGUCACGGUUCAGAACUGUUCACUAUUUAGGGGAGAAAAUGUGUAAGCGGCCGGAUAGCUCAGUCGGUAGAGCCGCGGAACGUUGUUCCGAGGGUCCCGGGUUCGAGUCCCGGUCAGGCUGCACAAUUUUCUCAACCAACAACGUGGGGCCAUGACUGGAUAUAGUUCAGAGUUUAAUUUACAUUACUCUGUAACUCUGUGAAAUUCGAGGUAUAGCAGGGGAGUAUGUCACGGUUCAGAACUGUUCACUAUUUAGGGCUGAUGCACAAUUUUCUCACCUUGUGACAUAAUCUUUCAUAAAUCAUAACGAAUGGCAACAAUACGUUAUGAAUGUUUUAAAGUUUUAAACACCAAUGGCAGAAAUAUAUGUUAACACGUUACUGUAACUCUACCAAAUAUAAGUCACAACACAUGAAUGGUUAUGUGACUUAAUUGUAACUUAAUGGAUGAUAUUAGAUGAUGAAUGUUUAAGGAUUUUGUUUACGUAUUUGUAUUACAUUUAAAAAAUGAUAGAAUCAAUUUUUAAAUUAUUGUAGGCUGGUGCCUAAUUAUUUGAAACUAAGGCAUUCAGGCUAAAAGUAUUGAACAUCGAAUAUUACAUAAAUCAUCUUUUGUCUGCUGUAAAAAUCCACGAUUAAUUAUAUUUAUUUUCAGCAUUGUAUUAUGCUUAAUGCAAAAUAAGCUAUUAGUAUUAGUUAAUUUGUGAGUUAAUAUUUGGAUGUUAAUACAUGAAAAAUUUGUACUAAUA